AUGUUUCCUCGUGGAAUACCUGUAGAUUCGACACUUCACAUCCAAAAUGGAAACUUCAAGGCUUGUGGUGAGAUCACAGCAGCAAGCCUCGCCCAGGGUGGACCUGCACUCCGCUGUUUUGAUGCAACCGUGUAUUAUUUGUUGGUAAACCCAAGUAUAUCACUUCAGGAACUUAACUGUGAAACAAAUUUAACAGCAUCGGACAGAAUUCUAUUAGAUUCUAUUCUGGAGGAUGUAAUGAAGAACACCAACACCAUUAUUGACCACGGUUAUACAGGAAUAAUUGAUGAUUCCCACAUUGGCGAAAUUCGGCAGUCUAUUGUCGUCAGCAUUGUAACCAAGAGGUUAGUCUAUCUGAAUGAAUUCAUGCAUGGCCGGGCUUGAUUCGUAUGGGUUAAGAAAUAUUCUCCAAACCCACCCCAAUGUAUGCAAAGCUCUUUUUGUACAAGAUGAUCAUGACGAAAGUGCUGUUGAUGCUAAUUACCUGUUUUCAAUAAUGAAUCCAGAAUUUUCAGAAGCAGGAGCACACGAAAAAAAAUCGAAGAAUCGAUGAUGGAUUUCCUCCAGGAUUUCUUGUUUGGUCGGGAAGAUAAGCCAUGCGUUUCUGGUUACGCACAAGCACUUGCAACCAGUGACGAUGAUAGCGCAGGUGCCGAACGCGAACAGGAACAGCUAGUACUCUCUCCAGAAUGCACUGCUGCAGGAAUCAUGGGGUGGCUUACUGGCCAAAAACACAAACCUCUCGAUGAAGAACCGCUUACAGUCACGGUUAGAUUCAAUCAUGAUUGUGCUAUGCAUAAUCCAAACCAUCGCAUCUGCUAUCCAACAGUUAGAGCUUGUGCCAAAGAAAUUUCAUUUCCCGUCCCUCAUACGAAGACAGCUGAAGAGUUUAAUGAUGUUUUUAUGGUGGCUAUCUCCAAAGGACAGACUUUUGAAAAAGCAUGA